AUGGCUCCCGCUAAGGUUUACAUUAUCAUCUACUCACUCUACCACCACGUUUAUAAGCUUGCUCAAGAAGUUCAAAAGGGUCUCACCUCCGUUGGUGUUGAUGCCAAGAUCUUCCAAGUCCCCGAAACUCUCUCUGACGAAAUCUUGACCAAGAUGCAUGCUCCUCCCAAGCCUGACAUCCCCGUUAUCACUGUCCAAGACUUGACUGAAGCUGAUGGUUUCCUCUUUGGUGUCCCCACCCGUUUCGGUAUCAUGCCUGCUCAAAUCAAGGCUUUCUUGGAUGCCACUGGCGGUCUCUGGGCCUCUGGUGCUCUUGCCGGUAAAUUCGCUGGUACUUUCUUCUCCACCGCUUCUCAACACGGUGGUCAAGAAACCACUGCUUUCACCACCGUCACCUACUUUGCUCAUCACGGUAUGGUCUAUGUUCCUCUUGGUUUCAGCUCUCCUCAUCUCUUUGACAAUUCCGAAGUCGUCGGUGGUUCUGCUUGGGGUGCCGGUACUGUCGCUAAUGGUGAUGGUAGCAGACAAGUCUCUCAAAAGGAACUUGAAAUUGCCCAUACCCAAGGUGAGAACUUUGGUAAGAUCAUCUCUGCCUAUGUCGCUGGUAAGACUGCUUGA